UCUAAGCAUUAAAAUGGCUACUGGAGGUUCAAAUGAAGAUGAUUAUUUAUCAACUUGUGGCAUAUGCUUCAUCAAGUAUGAUCUUCUCAUGAAUCGGCCCAAAGUACUGCCUUGCUCUCACACAUACUGUUUCACCUGCAUUCAAGUUAUGAUUGGUUCUGGGAAUACAUUGAAAUGUCCUAUGUGUCGAAAAACAGCAGUUGGAAUUGAUAAAGUUGAAUCCCUACCCAACAAUGUCCAUGCUGAACACAAUAUUCUUUUGAAUAAGAAGUUAGAGAAAGCUGAAGCUGAGGCCAAAUUAUCUUCAAAGUUACUGGAUGCAUAUUUCAAAUCCAACAAGUCUGAAUGCCAAGUGUUUGUUGUAACAGAUGAUUAUGAGCCAAAGGUUUUGUCUUUCAAUGCCAGUAAGGACGCCGUCAACCAUUUUCAUCAUACUUCUGUGAAGAUACCGGAUACAAAAAAACCAGCUAAAUUGCGAAUUAUUUCUUGGGAAUUUUUAAUGUUUUUCUCCAUUAUUACCGAGUUGAAAUUGUUGAUGACAUCACAGUUUGUUAAUAUCUUGAAAGCACAAAAUCCUGAUGUUGUGUUUCUCUACCAUGUGGAGCCGGAAACUCUCGAUCGCCUUAGACAAUGUCUUCCCAAUUUCAAAUUCAUUUAUGAAUUCCACGAUGUGGUGAUGACUCAGAUGAGCGUAACUCUGUUGAACACUUCCGUGUCUUAUGAUUCCCACGAAGUCGUACAACUUCCAAAAGAGAAUAAUUACUGCCACUAUAACUUUCUUAAAGUUGAUGCACAUGUGGGAUCUCUGAUACUAAAAUUAAUCAACGUUGAGAUCGACGCGUUCACAUCUGCAAAGUGGCGGGAGAAUUUAACGAAAAUGAUGUUACACGAACUUGGAAAAGGAUCCGAUGGAGCAGUGAACGUCAUUUUGGGAAUGGGAGGCUGCCUUAGAAAUCAAAAUUGGGAUAUCUACCAACGAGACGUUGGACUACCUCAUCCUACCGUUGAUGUAUGGGAAGCGUGCAAAAAACCAGGAAUGUGCAACUUCAUCUGGCGCAUGACUGAAAUAACCGAUUCCUUAGAGUAUAAGGAUUUUAACGGUGAAUCGCCCAAUGCUAAUGGCGACGAUGACUCUGAAAAUCCAAAACUUUGA